CAUAGCAACAAAAUAAACACAACACCCCAACCCUUUACUAAGUGAUCUAUGUUCCCAAUGAAAACUCACCACGCAAGUAAACUAAACAAAAUGUUGAAUUAUAAAAAUUACACAAUCUACAUUACAAUAACUAAUCAUCUAUAUAAUUGAAUAAAACUUAAAAUUAAGUAGCACAAUUUAACUGUAGAUAAGUGAAAGGAAUUUUGUUCGCGGAUCAUUUUAAUUGUUAUUUCAAGUGAGCCGCCACAAUGCAGGCUCAAAAGAAAACGACGACGGAGAAAAUUAAAAAAGAAAAAUCCGGAGAGGCGGAAACAGCGAAAAAGUUGCCAGAUGAUAAAAUAAAAAAAAAUAAUCACGGUGCUGCGACACCAAGAGCUUACCAACGGAAAUCUACCGCCGCCGAUAUUUAUACGCAAAAAAGUCAAACAUCGCUAAGCAGCGUUAAAGCGCCCAGAAAAUCUCUGAACACAACGAGAACUACAAAGGAAUCUCCAAUGAAAGACUUAUUGAAAUCGACUUCGAAUGUGAGCGUUGUCAGUAAGUCUUCCAUCGACAAAACGGCAGAGUCCAGCGCUGAAGCUAAACGAACUACAAGAUUAUCAAAAGAAUUACCUUUUUUAAAAGCAAAUUCACCUGUCACCCAAAAACGAAAAAUUUUAGACGACAAACGAACCACAAUUGUUGGCCGUUCGAAAUUGGAACGUGAAGAAUCUAGUGCUGCAAGCAAAAAGGAAAUCGGCCGGCUUUUCAAGAUUAACAGUGACAGUUUGAAAAACGAAGGCAGUGUUGCGAGAUCAACAAAACGCGUUACAGUCCCGGAAAACGUCAAAGAAAGGCAAAGGAGUAAAACGCGAACUUUAGACGAGAAUGAAGUGAAAAUACUGACGGCCGACGUUGUUGAUAACAACGCUGAGAUGAGGAAUCUAUCGAAGAAGCUAACCGCUCAGCCUAAAGCGUUUUUUGUGGGUUUGGAUGACGGCGAAUCAAAGGAGAAAACAAGCGAAGAUGAGGUAAGCUAUGAAGAUGACUUUGAAAGCUACGAAUCGGAUUUCGAGUCGUAUCACAGUGAUGCGUCACCGCCUGGUGAUGGUAGUUCAGCUGAUAGUGACGAUCACACCGAACCUCAUCACGAGGUUGGACAUGACCGACUCGCGACCUCAAAGGAGGUCAGAGACGAAGAGAACAUGUUGGAUUCGGGCAGCUAUGAUCUUCGAGAUCGGUCAGCCAAAGCCAAGGCUUCAACCAUGGAGUUCAUCGUUGAGGAUUCAGAAGAUCACAGCGACAAAAAGCCGUCCCUCACCGACGAGGGCUUCCAGGAGAUGAGCUCUUCCAGCGCCGUGUCAAGUUUGCGAACCGUCCACGAAUGCAUUGAUAGGCAAAACUUUAUAGAUUUCGGUACUAGAUCGAGGGAAUGGAAACGGAAGCGACGCGUUCUAGAGAUGCUAAAACGGCGCGCUGCCGAUAUACUAGGCAUGGUCAGUCUGCACGAAGUAUCGUAUGUUUUGUUCGAAGCGAAACCUAUUGCCUACGAAAAGUACAUGUCUAGUUUUGGUCGCAGCGGCCGCGCUCAGAACAGCUCUCAGACUUUUGAUGACGGCGCGAAUCAAGAGACACAAACCGAUGAGAUAUUAUUAAGUCAUAAAUGGACGCAGAACCCUGUGGAUUUUACGUAUAACGAUAUAUACGUGUACCCGAGUGUUUGUUCUAGAAAAUACAGCGAAUGUACAGUAGAUUAUAUGGCGAGGUUUAGUUUUUUGACGAAAUCUAACGAUUUUAAUGCGAGCAACGUUGAGAUCGAAAUGGAUGAUGUUUAUAAACGAAAUCCUUUGAGGAUUUAUUUGGAACAGAGGAAUGGCGUCGGUACCGGCGAAAUGUUGCCAUACGAAAAAUACGAAAGCAGACUAAAAGGAAUCGUUUACGAACGUAAUCGUUUGAGGAGAUUUUUGAAGAGAACCGAAAGUAAAAUUUUUAGCGCUCUUAAUAAGAACGCCGGUAAAAGAGAAUUGAUUGAUUUAAAUAGAAAUACAAAAUUGCCAUUUAGCCAAGGAUACGUUAUGGUUAAUUUUAAUGUUGACGAUGAUAGAUUAAACUUCAUUGUACAAUCAAAAGUAACGAAAAUCAUAUAUUCGAAAGCGAAAAGCAAUUUAAUCAUGACGGUACACAGUCGAAAAGAUUUAAACAACAAACGUGUUCUGUGUAUUUGGGACGUCGGUGUUGCAAGAUUCGAACCCAUUAAAAUACUAAUUUCGAUCGAUGGUAUUAUUCUGGGACAGUUUCAAGGCAACACCGAUGGUAUUUUCGUGGCAGCGUUGGAAGACGGUUCAAUACAUCUCUGGGAAUUAUCCGAAGAGCCUACGUGGCGAAGCGAUGUUGCCAGCGAUCGAAAAUCUACUAAUUUAAAAGAACUAACCAUCGACGAAAUCACUCCCACUGAGAAAGAUCGAGAAUUAAAUUUGAAUAGUGAUAGUAUUGAUAGCACUCAGGAAGCGAUUCCUUGUGCCUUGCAAGCCUGCGCGUUCACGACCAGCGCUUUCAACUUAUCGUGCGCGGAGAACGCUGACAGGAUCAUUGGCUUGGAGCUAACCGCGCAUGAGACCCGAGAGGCGAACGGAAGAAGAGUCCUGGGACAGACGAUCGUGCUUCAGCGCACAGGCAAACUUUGCGUGUGGCUGAUAGUCCGAGAUAAAAAUAAAAGCAGCUUUACGGACAUCGGCAAAGCUUACAGUUCGCGAACGAGCUUGGAAAUGUUUCAAACGAUUUUACUGUCGGAUUACAUUGAUUCGACAAUCGAAGAAGGUGUUGCCUUUGAUUUGUGUGCAGCCAAACGUAGAUUGACGUUGAGGCGGCGAGAGAGAAUCGAAUUUUCGCGCCCAAACACGGCCAAGAAGUUCGAAUGUGACGUUACGCGCGCUAAAAGUAACACAGUGUUGCCAGCCGAUAAAAGGACUCCUACUAUAUGGGAGAGUAUGAUUUGUUACGAUUUGAAGAUUGUUAAUGUUGGCAACAUCGAUCAUUAUUUGGUAGCCAAAAAUGUUGGCGAGGUAUUGAGUUGUAAGAAGAGCGUUGGCGGUGUUAAAGUUAGAAGAUUUCGUGUGACAAACGAUAAGUCGUUAGUGACCAAUGUGCAAGUCGCCCCGGCGCUGCCGUACUUCAUGGCGUCCACUGAGUCGGGAACUGUAAACCUUUGUUCGUUACUGGAAAACAGGGUUCUGCUCACAUUGGACUGCAGAAAUAUUUCUCCGGCUCGAGAACCGACUGAGAGGUGUCGGUCGGAUAGCAAGGGCAGGUACAUCAGCAGCGUCGCAGCCCCAGCGGUGUUCGGCUGUGAUGCUGGAAUGAUGUCGGUGACGUCACUAAUAUGGCCGCCUUCGAACCCCUGUCAAAUUUUCGCGCUUCUAAAGGACGGAAGCGUCGUCGCCUGGGAUCUGACCACCAGUGACAUCUACGGGAAAGUGUCAACGGAAAAAUGUAGGUCUAUAGCUGGCGGUCAAAAUAGUUUGGUGAGUACAGUCCAAAGAGGUGAGGUGAGGUUUAGUCGUCGCGGCCUAAAGGAUAAGACGUCCGGUGCAUUGGUAUGUAACGAUGCACCCGUGUUCGAAUCCCGCAGGCGGGUACCAAUUUUUCUAAUGAAAUACGUACUUAACAAAUGUUCACGAUUGACUUCCACGGUGAAGGAAUAACAUCAUGCAAUAAAAAUUAAGCCCGCAAAUUUAUAAUUUGCGUAACUACUGGUGGUAGGAUCUCAUCUGAGCCCGCACGGGUAGGUACCACCACCCCGCCUAUUUCUGCCGUGAAGCAGUAAUGCGUUUCGGUUUGAGGGGUGGGGCAGCCGUUGUAACUAUACAUGAGCCCUUAGAACUUAUAUUUCAAGGUGGGUGGCGCAUUUACGUCGUAGAUGUCUAUGGGCUCCAGUAACCACUUAACAUCACGUGGGCUGUGAGCUCGUCCACCCACCUAAGCAAUUAAAUAAAAAGCGACAUUUCGCUUAAUACGCGACAUUUAUCUUUGUAAUUUAAUGUGCGUUUUAUUUGAUAUUAACAUCAAUAGUUUGAUUUUUAAUUGAACUUCAAUUAUAUUAGCCCCAUUCAAAUAUCUGAAGUUUUUUUUUUUGUUACGAUAUUUUUCCAAAUUACCUAUGUAUAAACUUUAAAUAACUCUCUUGUAUAGUGCCAAUAAUGUCGCUUAGACCAAAUAGCCUGAUAUACAUCGAAACAAUCAAAGGAAGAAAAGAAAUAAAGAAAAAGUAUUGAUUUUUUUAAGGGAUUUUAUGACCUGGUAACUAAGACCUUUAAGUCAUGUUUUAUAUUAAUUUAUAUUCUUAUUUUUAUGAAAAAUGAUGAAAUGAAAUGAAGAUGAUUAAUUUGAGACAUUAAUCAACUGGGAUGAAAUUAAAUGAAAUGAGAUGCUCCGAUGAAUACGAUGAAUUAUAAUCUCAGUAAAAUGGUGGUCAUUUACCGAGAUUUUUUCAGUGGACUUUUUGGAGGAUCUCGAGAAGUUAUGUCCAGAGGCUUGGUUUCAUUUUCCCACAUUUGUGCACUUUUACAGAUAUUAAACAAUUAAUAAGCCACCGUUAUUACGCAUUCAAACCCGAAGAAACACUAAAUAGACAAAAUAAAACAAAUCACACACCUUCACUCCUCGCGUUCCCGCCAAAAAGUCCAAAAAGUAUUUAGUAAGCUUUGUGACUAACAAUUUGUGAUUAUAAAAUUUAUACAAAAACACAUCUACCGUUGGGUUAAGGCACGGAAUAGAUAAAUAACUAUUCCGUGGGUUAAGGUCACUCACUCAAGUAGGUUUAAAACAAAUAUUUUGAAAACAAUACCUAUUAUAUUGGUCCGUACGUACUAAAUUGAUUCGACAAUUUGUUUCAGGCCUUAUUAACACACGAAGGUAGCAUUCAAUUGCACAAGCUAAAGAGUGAUACGCCAAGUGACGAGAAUAUGAAGAUUUUCAACAAAUACGUCGCUCUGCUGUGAAUUAAAUGAUUUUUUGAAUAA